AUGACAGAAGUUGGUAUAUCGAAUAACCAAAGUUUGCUCUUGGUAAAUAUAGGUGGUUUUUGCUGUACUACAAACUAUUGGAUCCUUGAUAGUAGUAUUGACCGUCCAUUAUCUGGGAAAUGGUUUUUGACUAAUUUGAUAUUUUUUAUCAACACAUUAUUGAUGUCUCUAUUCGGCAUCUACAUUAUAGCAAUUAAGAAUGGCUUUAUCUACUCAGCUCCUUGGAUUCCUAUAACUAUAUUAUGUGGCAUUAACUUUUUUGGAGCUUCAGUCAUUAUUUUGCCAUGGAUGUUACUUAGUGAAGUUUUUCCAAACAAAGCCCGAGGUAUUGCGACUGGCUCAUCUGCAGGAUUGUCUUAUUUAUUAAUAUUCAUAUUAACAAAAUCAUACAUAGAAAUAGAUUCUAUUGACCUUGGAAUACACUAUGAUUCUCUUUGGUUGUUUGGGCAUUUUUGGAUCACUCUACUUAUACUUUUAUUUACCAGAAACGGAAAAUAA